AUGGCCGACGCAUCGAGACGGACGGGAUCUAAUCGGGUCCAGACGUUCCCAGGGCCAGCCACAACGUCUUGGAACCUCCAGCGCCCAACGUUGCCAUGCUGCGGGGCCUGGUUCAAGAUCUCGCUGCUCAGGAAACCCGUAGACGAAGCUGGGAGAGGUGACGGGCCUGUGAGUGACUCUGUUGGCCAGCUCGUCGACCCCCGUCCUCCUGUGGAUCCACAAGCUUUCUUGCCGGCACCCUCGCCAGGCGGAAGGCAGACGAGAUGCGAGCUUCUCAAAGGGCCAGUAGCACAAGGGACGAGGAAGAGUCAGGCUCCGAGGAGCAGGCUGCAGAGGGUCCAGCUGCCAAGAGGGCUCGAAGCAGCCAAGGAGGGACAAGCGGGCAGGCAGGCAGGGGCGGGCGGGGAGGGCACAUAG